UCUCACGCGACCAGUCAUAACAACAAACCGAAUCGAGUCGUUCGUUCGUUCCGUCCCGUCCGUCGGCUGUCAGUGUGCUAAUCAUUUCGAAAUAGUUUGCCAUUUUAAAACCUACAGCUACAGCUCUAACCAGUGAUAAUCUGCCCCGAAAAUGACAUCCAACUGGGACAAGUUUGUGCUGCUGCUGUGGAAGAACUUCCUGAUCCACAAACGGCACCGUUGGCGGACGUGUUUCGAGAUCGGAUUGCCAAUUUUGGUGUUUUCAGUUGUGCUGCUGUUGCCAUCGCAUCCGCAAACAAGCGGGCCGCAGCGAUACCCAUCGCUCAGUGUGGAUGGGUUGAGCGACAAUGGUGCCAGAAUCCCAAACAGUCUAAAGCGGCUAGCGUACACCCCCAACAACGGAGUAUUCGAAGAAAUCGUUGGCAAAGCUUGCUCUGCGCUUGGGAUACCGACGUGCGAUGGAUUCAACAGCUCCCUUGAAAUGCAAAGGGCCCUAGUCAACGCCAGCUACCUAUGCGGAAUCGAUUUCGGAGAUAAUUCAAAAAGCAUAUCAAAACUAUCCAAUGCUACAACCUUCAAAUUGCGCUUUCCGGCCGAGCUCCGAUUCCCAUCGCAGGGUCAGCCGUUGAACGACUGGAACACGAAUAACCUGGCGACUACAUUCUCCGUUUCCAAUAUCGCCCCCCUGAUAGCCGAUGGAGGACCUCCGAGCUACUGGGAGGAACAAUUUCUCGCCGUCCAAACAGCCGUAUCACGAGCCUUGAUCGGCAAACUUGCCCCGGAAGCGAAUUUACCACCGUCCAUGAACAUUCAGCGACUCCCCUAUCCAACCACGGUAGACGAUGACCUGUUCGCAAUUUUGCCUAUCGUGUUGCCCCUAUGGCUCCGCCUCGUCUUUUUCUACUUCUUUAUCAACACCGUCAAGUACAUUGCAAUGGAAAAGGAACGGCAGCUCAAGGAAUCCAUGAAGCUGAUGGGCCUACCCGGUUGGAUCCAAUGGGCCGCGUGGUACGUCGUACUCCUCCUUCUGACUCUCAUCCCGAUAACAGCCAUCACUGUCAUGCUGCGCGUCUCUGUUUUCCCAUAUUCAAAUUGUUUCCUCGUUUGGGCUUUCCUAACCCUGUACUGCUCGGCGGUGAUCUGUUUCUGCUUUCUGGUUAGUGUCUUCUUCAACAAAGCUUCCAUGGCCGUUACGCUGGCAUCGUUGCUCUGGAUCGCUUCGUUCAUAGCCCUUCCCGAGAAUGCACCGUUAUGGGGAAAAAUUGUCCAUUCGCUGCUGACCAAUCCGGCGAUGGGCUUUGGAAUGGAUGACAUAAUCCGACUGGAAAUGGCCAGGGUCGGAUUGACGUGGAAGACAUUAUUCACGACGACCGAGCUUAACAAUUCGUACACGCUUUCUGUCUCGAUUGCGAUGCUGUUGUCUAACAUCGUGCUAUAUUUGAUUCUCACGAUCUACCUGGAGCAGAUCAUGCCCGGAAAGUUUGGUGUGGCCAAACCUUGGUAUUUUCCUUUAACGAGGGACUUUUGGGGUGCGGGUUAUUCGAAAGAGAACGAUGAAUUGCUUGAACCGAUGGAAAGAUCGAGUUACUUUGAGGAGGAGCCUCAGACCAGUGGAGCUGGAGUACAGAUCCGGAACCUGCGCAAAGUCUACGGAGCUGACAAGGUGGCGGUGGGUGGAUUGAAUUUGAACCUAUACGAAGGCCAGAUUACCGUAUUGCUGGGACAUAAUGGGGCGGGAAAAACAACUACCAUGUCCAUGCUGACUGGGAUGUUCUCGCCGAGUUCAGGAACGGCGUUGAUCAAUGGGUACGAUAUUCGAAGAAGUAUGGAUGAUGCACGAACAUCGAUGGGUUUCUGUCCACAGCAUAAUAUACUGUUUGACGAAUUGACAGUUCACGAACACUUGGAGUUUGCUGCACGGCUGAAGGGCGUUGCGCCAGAUCAAGCACGACCGGAAGUAGAUAGGUAUAUCAAUCGGUUGGGGUUGAUGGAAAAGGCUCGAACGGAGUCGUCUACGCUUUCGGGAGGUAUGAAGCGGAAACUAUCCGUUGGUAUGGCAAUGUGUGGUAGUCCAAAAGUGGUGCUCUUGGAUGAACCGAGUACCGGGGUUGAUCCUACCGCGAGGCAUGCCCUAUGGGAUUUCCUACUCGAGGAGAAGCAAAAUAAGACAAUCCUAUUGUCAACGCAUUACAUGAACGAGGCAGAUGUAUUGGGCGACCGGAUUGCUAUCUUGGCUGAUGGUAAACUGACGGCCAGCGGGUCGCCGUUCUUCUUGAAGAACGCAUUUGGAGUUGGCUACCGAUUGGUUUGUGUGAAGGGAAGGAAAUACUCUGAAACAUGUCUACUGGAGUUACUUCGGAAGCAUAUUCCAAGUGUGGCGAUCGAUAGCGAAAGCUCGUCUGAGGUGCAGCUUCUACUUGCAAAAAAGUACAUUCAAAGUUUUGAACCAAUGCUGAAGCAGUUGGAAAGCAAUAUGGAAUCGUGUGGAAUUAUGAGCUACGGUGUAUCUUUUACCACUUUGGAAGAGGUUUUCAUGAAAGCUGGUACUGACUCUCAUCUUCGACAAAGUGAUGACGGGAAUCUCCUGGCCGAGGAUGUGGUUCAGCUGGAAGCUAGAACAGCCACCGAACCGCACAGUCUACUCAUCGGAUCCAACGUUCUUCAGAGUGACGUGAUAAGCCAAAUCAAAGCACAGGUGCUAAAAAAGUUCCUCUGUACCAAGCGAUCAUGGAUGCAAUUCUGUUGGCAGACGUUUAUAGUACCGAUCGUGAUUAUGAUCCUCUUCGCCUUUCCCAUACAACUGAAGACGGACGACUCUCUUCCACCGUUGGAGCUAUCAUUAGAUACUUACAGAAGUUCACUUAGCGUUCUCGAAAGGUUCCACAACUUAUCGACUGUAGAAUUCGAAUACAAACGCUUGUUCCGUAAUGGUCAACAGUUGGAUAUUAUCGAUGGGGACAUUGAGUCAUACAUUUUGAACAAGUUCAACCAGUCCAUUUUGGAGUACAACUCUCGGAUGUUAGUGGGAGCUAGCUUCUCCAACGACUCCUACACUGGAUGGUUCAACGCCAAGGACUUCCACUCAGCCCCACUGGCGUUGAAUCUGAUCUUCAAUUCGAUUCUUCACACCGUAUGCCCAUCCUGCAGCAUCACACCCAUCAACCAUCCCCUUCCUCGGGCAGCAAAACACAACGGAGAUCCCUCGGUCAAUGGCGAUUAUCUUAAAUUCCUUAACAUUGUCUUGGCGAUCGUAUUAAUCAUGGCGUACGUUCCAUCCUCCUACGUGAACUUCUACAUCCGGGAGCGAACCACUCGGGUGAAAUUGCUCCAGGUCGUGAGUGGUCUCAAGACGGAACUCUAUUGGUUCGUCAACUUCAUGUGGGACCUCGUGGUCUUCAAGCUCAGCUGCCUGGUCAUCUUAGUAAUGCUGUUUGGGUACCAAGUCGACGGUUGGAGUAAUCCUCAACAACUUGCUACUCUACUGUUCAUCUUUUUCAUCUUCGCAUUCGCUACUCUAGCAAUGAUCUACCUGUUCUCUUUCUGGAUUAGUAAUCCCGCCUCCGGUGACUCCAGAGUUCUGCUCAUCCUCGGAAUUGGUGCGAUAGGUCUACUAAUCCUGCGGCUCUUAUUGGAUAACAUCGGAUUUAACAAAUUGGCCGAUCUCAUCGGCUACGGUUUUAUGUUCAUUCCAACCAUUUCUCUAUUUCUCACCUUGGAAAAGUUCAACGAUUACGUCAACUUCGAGGCAAAAUGCAAAACCAUAUGUGACGAGAAUCCCAGCUGUACCAUGGAUCAACUAUGCAAACAACAGCCACAAUGCUGCUCGGAUCUCUUCAACUUCUCUUCCAACGGAAUGCUUAAAGAACUUAGCUUCAUGAUCGCUACGGGAACCAUAUGCUUCUUGCUCGUCUGGAGUAUCGAGCAUAAACUGUUCUACCGCCUAUGGUCCAAGAUCAAUCCAACAAAAGACUUCCGCUACGCAGUCCCCCAACAGCACAUGGACUCGGAUGUCCUGCUGGAGAAGAGUCGAGUUUCGCAGAUGACUGACUCCGACAUCGGUACCCACAGUCUCGUAAUGCGCAACCUAACCAAGAAUUUUGGUCCCGUUUCCGCCGUCAAGUGGCUAUCUCUUGGAACGCAUCACUCCGAAUGUUUCGGGCUGCUUGGGGUUAACGGAGCCGGUAAGACUACAGCAUUCCGAAUGAUGACCGGUGACGAAACCAUUUCCUUCGGAGACGUCUGGAUCAACGGAGUUAGCGUCAAGUCGAACAUAUCGGGAGUCUACCAACACGUUGGGUACUGCCCUCAGUUCGACGGGCUACUGGACGAGCUAACCGGAAUGGAAACCCUACGGAUUUUCGCAAUGCUUCGUGGCAUCGCUGGAAGUGAAAUUGGUGCGGUUGUACAAUCGCUUGCCGAAGAAUUGGGACUUACGAAGUAUCUGAAUAAACCAGUCCGAGCAUACAGUGGAGGGACGAAACGGAAGCUCAGUACGGCACUGGCGUUGAUCGGUAGUCCUUCGGUGAUCUUUCUCGAUGAACCGACCAGUGGGAUGGAUCCUGGAGCGAAGCGGCAACUGUGGAAUAUGAUCAACCGAUUGCGGGACGCCGGAAGGACGAUCAUCCUGACUACGCACAGCAUGGACGAGUGCGAAGCGUUGUGCACCCGCUUGGCCAUUAUGGUCGGUGGGGAAUUUAAGUGCCUGGGAUCUACGCAACAUUUGAAGAACAAAUUUUCUGGCGGCUUUCUGUUGCACAUCAAGAUGGUGCAGGGCCCAGGAAAGGAUGAACUGUUGUUGCGAUCGGCGGCGGUGAAGGCGUUCGUUGCGGACCGCUUCCGGGAUGCGGUAUUGAAGGAGGAUUUGCAAAACUCGCUCAGCUACCAUAUUCCACGAAGCGAUCUCACCUGGUCCGCCAUGUUUGGUAUUAUGGAAGCAUCGAAGGAGCUGCUGGGCAUCGAAGAGUAUUCACUGGGGCAGACGACAUUGGAGCAAGUGUUCUUAGUCUUUGCGAACAGUAACAAUUUCUGAUAUGUGUAGGAUUUGUUAUUUUAAAAUUUUGAAACCACUUACCAGUAUAUGAAUAGUCAAAGACUUCGGGUUUACCUGGAAUUAAGCAUAAAUGUUUACAAUUAGUAUCAAUCAGACCAUUGCCAAAAGCAGUCUUGUGAUUAUUA